AUGGCUCCCAUCAAGAACCUAGAGUAUUUUCGCGUCGUGCCCAGGUGGUUGUUUGUCAAAAUCACCGACGAUGCCGGCAACUUUGGCUGGGGUGAAGCAACGUUGGAGGGUCACACCGAAGCCAUUGAGGGCACCUUGAACGAGUUCAAGACACGCAUCCUCGGCCUCGACGCCGACGACAUUGAGCACAUCUGGCAAUUAAUAUGGCGUCUCGGCUUUUACAGAGGCGGCCCCGUCUUCAUGAGCGCUCUGUCUGGCAUUGACAUUGCUCUCUGGGAUCUCAAGGGCCGCAGGCUAGGCCAGCCAAUCCACCAGCUCCUCGGCGGCAAGGUCCGCAAUAAGGUCUCCGUCUACGCCUGGAUCGGCGGCAACCGGCCCAACGACGUCGAGGCCGCGGCCAAGGCGCGCAAGGCCCAGGGCUUCAAGGCCGUCAAGAUGAACGCCACCGAGGACAUGAACUGGCUCGACUCGCCCAGCGUGCUCGAGUCGGCCGUCGAUCGCCUCAAGACGGUGAAGGCGCUCGGCAUGGACGCCGCCAUGGACUUCCACGGCCGUGUGCAUAAGCCCAUGGCGAAACAGCUCGCCAAGGCCCUCGAGCCCUACCACCCGCUCUUCAUCGAGGAACCUCUCCUAUCAGAGCACCCGGAAGGCGUCAAGCAAAUCUCGGAGCUGACGACCUGCCCAAUCGCCCUCGGCGAGCGCCUGUUCAACCGGUGGGACGUCAAGCGUUUCCUGCAAGACGCGUCCGUCGACAUUUUGCAACCCGAUGUCUCCCACUGCGGCGGCAUCUCCGAGAUCAAGAAAAUCGCCGCCAUGGCCGAGGCGUACGAUGUCGCCAUAGCGCCGCACUGCCCUCUGGGCCCCAUUGCCCUGGCAGCUUGCCUACAGAUCGGAAUCAGCACUCCCAACCAUGUGAUCCAGGAGAUGUCGCAAGGAAUCCACUACAACACCGAAGCGGGCGAUUUUGACAUCCACAGUUACGUCACCGACGCCAGUGUCUUCACCGUCAAGGACGGCUACGUCGAUGCCCUGACCGGCCCCGGCCUUGGCAUUGAGAUCAACGAAGAGCUUGUCCGCCAGGUUGCACAGACAGCAACGCCCUGGCCCAAUGGAGAGUUCUACGGCCCUGACGGAAGUAUCCGAGAGUGGUGA